AUGUCGGAUAUCGAGGUGGACAAGGUUGAGAAUUAUGACGGAGAUUCGAAGCCCAAACGCAAAAGAGAACUGAGUGGGUCGCGCUCUCGGUCUCCUACACGGUCUCCCAGACGGUCUCCCUCUCCCCCCCGGACCCGCCGACGCAAAUCGUCUUCUCCUCCACUGUCAAACCACCGACGUGACCCCGAUGGGCCCAACGUGCGAGAUGUAAACCCAGAGAGACGCAAGGAGAGAGAGCGUCAACUCGCGCUGCGUAUGGCUGAGAUCGAGCUGGGCACAGCCCCUCCAAAGCCCGAAUUCGAUGCCAAAGCCGAGUUUGCGAAGCUGCUCAACUCGCGCUCGGGAGGUGUAUAUGUGCCCCCGGCACGCCUGCGAGCUCUCCAGGCUGCUGCGGCCGAAGACAAGUCGAGCGCCGAGUACCAACGUCUUUCGUGGGAUGCACUCCGCAAGAGUAUCACCGGCAUCGUCAACAGGGUCAAUGUCGGGAACAUCAAGCACGUUAUUCCCGAGCUGUUCCAGGAAAACUUGGUUCGCGGACGAGGAUUGUUUGCGAGGAGUAUUAUGAAGGCCCAGGCUGCUUCGUUGCCGUUUACCCCGAUUUUUGCCGCUUUGGUUGCGGUUAUCAAUACCAAGCUUCCGCAGGUCGGAGAGUUGUUGUUGACGAGGUUGAUUAGUCAGUUUAGGAGGUCGUUUAAACGAAAUGACAAGGUGAGUCGGACGCCACGUUUCUGUGCGUCUGCUGGUGUUUACCUGGUUGCACACGAGAUCAUUGCACUCCAGAUACUUGUCUUGUUGCUCGAACAACCAACAGAUGAUUCGGUCGAAAUUGCAGUUGGCUUCAUGCGUGAAGUCGGCGCGUACUUGGCGGAAAACUCGCCCCGUGCGAAUAAUGGCGUUUACGAACGGUUCCUUCGAAAAGACAAAUACAAGGACAAUGUGAUCGUUCCGGAAGGGUUGGACUUGGUUGAGGAGGAUGACCAAAUCACACACCAAAUCUCGCUAGACGAUGAGUUGCAGAUUCAAGAGGGCCUGAAUGUUUUCAAGUUUGAUCCAAAUUAUGUCGAAAACGAGGAAAAAUACAAGGAAAUCAGGGCCGAAAUAUUGGGAGAGGAUUCAGAUGACGAGUCCGGAAGUAGUGGAAGCGAGAGUGAUAGCGAGGAAGACGGAGAGGAAGCCGUUGCCGACAAGCCUGGCAUUACGGACAUGACCGAAACAAACUUGGUCAACCUUCGUCGUACUAUUUAUUUGACUAUUAUGAACGCUCUAAGCUACGAAGAAGCUGUUCACAAACUGAUGAAAGUCAAUAUUCAAGAAGGCCAAGAGAUCGAGCUGUGCAACAUGAUUGUCGAAUGUUGCUCUCAAGAGCGCUCGUAUUCCAACUUUUAUGGCCUAAUUGGGAACGCGUUUGCCAACUACUAUGAAACUAUUCACCGCUACGAAACCAACCGCCUGCGGAACAUUGCUCGGUUCUUUGGUCAUCUCAUUGCCACUGACGGAAUUUCCUGGGCUGUGUUCUCAGUUGUCAAAAUCAACGAGGACGACACCACGUCUUCUAGCCGUAUUUUUGUCAAGAUCCUCAUGCAAGAACUCCAAGAGUCAAUGGGAUUGAAAACCAUGUCCGAGCGCUUCAAGGACCCAACGAUGCGGGAGAGCUUCACAAACAUGUUCCCGAUGGACGACCCCACGGGCAAGAGCACCCGAUUCGCAGUCAAUUACUUUACGGCUCUCGGGCUGGGUGUCUUAACAGAGGAUAUGCGCGCGAAUUUAUUGGAAAAUGCCCGCAAAAUCGCUGCUAUCCGAGACUUGGAAGCCCAACGGGCAGCAAUGGAAGAGUCCUCCUCGUCGGAUUCGUCGGAUAGCACAACUAGCUCAGAUACCGAUUCAUCAGACUCCGACUCGGAUUCAGACUCUGACGACUCGCGAUAUGCGCGCAGACGCAGGUCACAGUCAAGGUCACGCUCGCCGCCGCCGCACCCGAGUCGCCGGACCGUGGGGCUCCUCGGCGGAGAAGCUAUUCUCCUCGUCGAGGAUCAACACCUCCCCGGAGGAGACGUAGGUCUUCCCCUUCGGUCUCGAGAUCGAGGUCGCCUUCUACACCACCUCCACCUCGUCGUGGCUCGCCUCCUGUCGUCGAGGAGGCCGGAUGAUACGCCACCACGCAAAGGAGGCCGAGAUGAUUCACCCCCUCCUCGCGGUGGCCGAGACAGCCCUCCCCCUCCCCCUCGUGAUCGUCGAAUCAAUGACUCUCGUCGGGACAGUCCUCCGCCGCGUGAUCGUCGCAGGGAUGACUCGCCUCGUGACCGUCGCAGGGACGAUUCACCUCCCCGAGACCGCCGCCGUGAUAGCCCUCGUCGCGACCGCCGUCGUGACUCUCCUCCCCCCCGUGAUCGUCGCCGCGAUAGCCCUUCCCGUGAUCGCCGCAGGGAUGAUUCGCCUCCUCAGGACCGUCGUCGGGGCAGUCCGCCACCUCGUGACAGCCGUAAGGACGACUCGCCUCGCGAUCGGCGCCGGGACAGUCCUCCCCCGCCAAGGCGCCAUCGAGACAGCCCACCCCGCAGGAACCAGGAGCGUUCGCUACGCCCCCUGGCAGGCGCAUUCAGCCUCUUGCGUAAUCUCGAUCUUCCGGGAUGGGUAGCCACGUCGCCACUUCAUGAUUGGCUGGGAGCUCCGGAUCAAAAUCCGUAUCCGGAACUAUAA